GCCAGCUCUGUCGGGGCUCAGUCUCCAACUUGUUUCCUCUCCUGGGGCUUCGGGAAGUGACCGUGGCGCUGGGUUUCUCCCAAGUUGGUGCCUAAGAAGAUGAUAAUCACACAGAUGCGUCGUUUCUACAAGACCAGACUUGCGCUUCUUUUCCUGAUUAAUAUUCUCCCUGGAGCUGCUGGCCAAGGGGAAUCAAGACGGCAAGAACCUGGAGACUUUGUGAAGCAAGAUAUUGGCGGCCUGUCUCCUAAGCAUCCUAAUAUUCCUGAAGACAGCACUGACAACAUAACUAUCUUCACCCGAAUCUUGGAUCGCCUUCUGGAUGGCUAUGACAACCGGCUGCGACCUGGGCUUGGAGAUGCAGUGACUGAAGUCAAGACGGACAUCUAUGUGACCAGCUUCGGCCCCGUGUCAGACACUGAUAUGGAGUAUACCAUUGAUGUAUUUUUUCGACAGACAUGGCAUGAUGAAAGACUGAAAUUUGACGGACCUAUGAAGAUCCUUCCACUGAACAAUCUCCUGGCUAGUAAGAUCUGGACUCCUGAUACCUUCUUCCACAAUGGCAAGAAGUCAGUGGCUCACAAUAUGACCACACCUAACAAGCUUCUCAGACUGGUGGACAACGGAACCCUCCUCUACACGAUGAGGCUCACGAUUCAUGCUGAGUGUCCCAUGCACUUGGAAGAUUUUCCCAUGGAUGUGCAUGCCUGCCCACUGAAGUUCGGAAGCUAUGCCUACACAACAGCUGAAGUGGUUUAUUCUUGGACUCUUGGGAAGAACAAAUCUGUGGAAGUGGCACAGGAUGGAUCUCGCCUGAAUCAGUAUGACCUGUUGGGCCAUGUUGUUGGGACAGAGAUAAUACGAUCUAGUACAGGAGAAUAUGUCGUCAUGACAACCCACUUUCAUCUCAAGCGAAAAAUUGGUUACUUUGUGAUUCAGACCUAUUUGCCAUGUAUCAUGACUGUCAUUCUGUCACAAGUGUCUUUCUGGCUCAACAGAGAGUCUGUCCCUGCACGCACGGUCUUUGGGGUCACCACGGUGCUCACCAUGACCACCUUGAGUAUCAGUGCCAGAAACUCCUUACCUAAAGUGGCGUAUGCGACGGCCAUGGACUGGUUCAUAGCCGUUUGUUAUGCCUUUGUGUUUUCUGCGCUGAUUGAAUUCGCCACUGUCAACUACUUCACCAAGAGGAGUUGGGCCUGGGAAGGCAAGAAGACUCCAGACACCCUGGAGGCGAAGAAGAAAACACCAGCAGCUCCGACCAAGAAAACCAGCACCACCUUUAACAUCGUGGGGACCACCUAUCCCAUCAACCUGGCCAAGGAUACUGAGUUCUCCACCAUCUCCAAGGGCGCUACUCCCAGUGCGUCCUCGACUCCGACCAUGAUCGCUUCGCCCAAGGCCACCUUCGUGCAGGAUAGCCCAACUGAGACCAAGACCUACAACAGUGUCAGCAAGGUUGACAAAAUCUCCCGCAUCAUCUUUCCUGUGCUCUUUGCUAUAUUCAAUCUGGUGUAUUGGGCCACAUAUGUGAACCGGGAGUCAGCUAUUAAGGGCAUGAUCCGCAAACAGUAGGGAGUAGGAGUGGCGCAGCAACCAGAGCACGAUGUAGCCCCUGAAGCCUCCCCUUCACAUGGUUCAGCUUUCUUCUUUUGAACCCACUUUCAGACUGUGACUCUCAAUUCAAAUUUAUGAAUCUCAGUGAAACAAUA